AUGCUGAACCAAACAGAGGUCAGUGAAUUCCUCCUCUUGGGUCUCACCAAUAUCCAGGGGCUGCAGCACUUUUUCUUCACCUCCUUUCUGCUGCUCUACUCAGCCACUCUUCUGGGAAACAGCAUCAUCGUGAUUGUGGUGAUAUCUGAGCCUCGGCUCCACACACCAAUGUACUUCUUCCUGGGGAACCUGUCCUGCCUGGAUAUGUUCCUCUCCACAGUCACUGUUCCGAAGAUGUUGACUGGCUUCCUCUUCGGGCACCAGCCCAUCUCUUUUGGGGGGUGCUUGGCCCAGCUGCACUUCUUCCACUUCCUGGGCAGCACGGAGGCUGUGCUCCUGGCCGGGAUGGCCUACGACCGAUACGUGGCCAUUUGCAACCCUCUGCACUAUGCCCUGGUCAUGAGCCCACGGACUUGUCUGCUGCUGGCUGUGGCCAGCUGGUCCACUGGGUUUGUACAUGCUGUGGUGCACUCAGUCAUGACCUCUCAGCUGAGUUUCUGUGGCCACAACCAAAUUCAGCACUUCUUCUGUGACAUCAAGCCACUGCUGAAUUUGGCUUGCAGUAGGACCAGACUCAACAUGACACUCCUCAAUGUUGUUACCACAUCUAUUGUUUUAGGGCCCUUCACUCUCGUAGUCCCUUCCUACCUCCAUAUCAUCUCCUUCCUCUUCUAUAAAGUCCAGUCCCAGGAAGGAAGAUGGAAACUCUUCUCCACCUGUGCCUCCCAUCUCACUGUUGUAGUACUGUUUUAUAUUCCAGUGCUCCUCAAUUAUACACCACCCUCCUCAGGAAACUCCACUCAAAUGGAUGUGCAAGUGACUCUCAUAUACAGUGCUGUCACUCCAGCUCUGAACCCCUUAAUCUACACACUUAGGAACCAGGAGGUGAAAACUGCCCUGAAAAAAACCUUACGGAGAAAAGUCUUUCCUGGAGGAAAGUGACUGAAACAAGGAGAAGGCUCAGAAUAUGGCUGCUCCACCUCUCAUAUUUACAAGGAGAAAGGUGAAAAGGACACCACACUGCAAGAGACUGUAAAACUACUGAUUAUCUCAUGCGGUUUAACACAUUUAGAAGUUAAUUGUGUAGAUCUACAUCAGGAGAGAUAUUCCUAGCUUGUAAGUAGCUAAAAGUUAGGUCAGGGAAGUCUUCUUCUAGGGAAUAUUCAAGGAUAAUUUCUGUGACUUUACCUGUAGUCAGUUUCUACAGACAAUCUUAGUGACAAUUACUCCUUAUGAGAGCAUGGAGUCCUUCCUUCUGAGGCACAACCACCUCUGAAGUAACAAGCUGGGAAUUUCAGAAAUCAGCAAUACUACUGUUUGUUGCUUCUCUUUGAUACGGCUUUCUCUCAAAGGAAAAGAAAGGAAAGAAACUAAACUCAGCCCAUUGGAUUCUCCUCCCACUUCAGAAAAGUGAAGGAAGAUCAUAGGCAAGAAAAAAUAAUCCAGCCCUCCUGGAAAUAGCAUGAAAAUACAAUUUUUUGUUUAAUUUUGCUGCAAGAUCACAAAAGUUCCCCUUUGUGGACUAGGGAAUACAGCAGAUUAAUGACCAUAAGUGAUUAUCUACUCUAUCCACCUGCCUCUCUUCAUGGUUCUUGACAAGUCAGGUCAUUGGCUAGUUUCCUUUUGGGCUAUGGUUAGUUGCUGUCAUUCAUCCUGAAGUAAAAUGUUUUAGCUUGUUCAU